AUGCAUUUUCACAUCCUUGGUAUUGGGCCAGUUGGCAGGCUAUUCGCCCACCAUCUCCGGCGGACGCUUCCUGCGGCCCAUACAGUAAGCCUCAUACACAAAAAAAGACAAGAUCAUCAACGACUCCUCGGGACCUCCUUCGCUUUGGAGCGUGGCGGGAAGGUGCAGACCACAGAUGACUUCCAACACGAAGUCUUCGAAGAAUUGAUCUCAAAUCCUCCUUCUGCCAGCCCUCCAAUCAGCUCUGUUUUCGUUGCACUGAAGGCCCAGCACACUUAUCCUGCACUCAGCUUACUCGCGUCUCGACUUCGCCCACAUUCAACCAUCGUCCUCCUGCAAAAUGGCAUGGGCAUUUACGAAAACCUUAUAUCAACGAUAUUCCGGAAUCCCACGCAACGGCCCAACUUCAUUCUUGCGUCAAACACCCAUGGCGCCUUUCUGACAGAACCAUCCCACACCGUCCACGCUGGUGUGGGCUCGAUCGAGUUUGCAAUCGCCCCAGAUUCUCAAGGGCGCGAUUUCGAAGCCGGCCUCGACGAUGAAAGUACAGAAACUUCGCAACGUCGUCUCCGCCUAUCCGAUAUUACUUUUCCUGAAGAUACGCAGUCGGCAAGAUACCGGUCUUUACGAACGACCGUUGCAGCCCUCCUUGUCCUCGAAGAACUCAACACUUCAUGGAGAUCGUAUUCCGAUAUCCAAAUGAUCAUGCGACGCAAACUGGUUGUUAAUGCUGUCAUAAAUCCGCUCACAGCCCUCAUGGGCUGCCGAAAUGGACAGUUAUUCGAGCACCCCGAAGCGAAGGACCUUCUUCAGCAAGUGUGUGGCGAGGCCCAUAGUGCCUAUGCUGCACAAAUGAAGCACGACAUUGAGACGUGGCUACAGGACCUGGAGUCUUCAGGAGUCGAUAUGACUAAGGUUCAAGUCCCGACGUUCCCGGAGACGUUGACCAGCGAAGCUCUUCAGAAAGAGACUGUGCGUAUCGCCGAACUGACGAAAGGCAACAUAUCGUCAACGCUACGGGAUGUUCGAAGAGGGAGGAAAACAGAACUCGACUUCAUCAAUGGGUAUUUGGUGGGCCUCGGACGGACUUACGGAUUAGACAUGCCAGUCAACUCGACCCUUCUCAACCUUGUCAAGCUACGGCAUCGAAUGCCUUUGGAUCCAAUACUAUAA